AUGGCAUCGGAAAAAGCAAAACCAACUCCACUUUUAUAUUUGGCGGUGAAGAUUCUUUCCAACCAUGGCCUAAAGAAGACAAUAAAGAGACUAGGAAAGGAGUACAAAUGUAAGAAGCUUAAGGCAAAGCACCUUCCAAAAGAGAUUAGGGAUAUAGACAUCGACAGUAUUGUUCCAAUUGUUUUUGGUAUUGAGAAAAAUACUGAAAAAGUAAAAGAAAGUAAUGCAGUAUCAAAUACUAGCGUGAUUGCUGGGUUCGUUAAGAGUCCCAACGGUCUUCCUGGUACUAUUGAGACACCAACGCCGGUAGAAACACAAGAAAAGCCACAUACACCUACCGGAUCAUCAGGUACUCCUUUCAGGAGAAUAGAUAACGAGCUUUGGUUUGAUAGAAUAGAAAAGGAGGAACUGAAAGUGAACUCUUAUAAAGCAAAACAUGACCCAUUUGUUCUAAAAGCAGCAGAAGAGUUGAGUAAAGUUAAGGGAAAGGAUUUUAGACAUGAAAAAUCUAAAAAGAAGAAGGCAUCCUGGAAAGGAUCAGGAGAGAUUACUAAUGUAGUUAAUUCGAUAUCUUUCGAUGAUUCGGACGAUGGUGACUGA